GGAGGAGAAAGAGCAGGAGGAGGAGGAGGAGGAGGAAAGCUGUUGCUGUAGCAGACAUGGAGGAGUUGAGUGCAGUAGGAGAGCAGGUUUUCGAUGCCGAGUGCAUUCUCAGUAAAAGAGUGCGGAAGGGAAAGUUGGAGUAUCUGGUGAAGUGGAGAGGAUGGUCGUCCAAGCACAAUAGCUGGGAGCCUCAGGAGAACCUGCUGGACCCGAGACUGCUGGCUGCGUUUAAUAAGAGGGAGCAAGAAAGAGAGCUUCAGAUUCGGAAGCGAGGGAAACGACCACGUGGAAGACCUCGGAAAAUCAUGGAGCCAGUUCAGCCAGUCUCAAAAUCAAGCAGCUCCUCAUCAUCUUCAUCUUCCUCUGAUUCAUCAUCAUCAUCAUCAUCAUCAUCAUCCUCCUCGUCCUCUUCAUCUGAAGAUGAUGAUGACGACCAGGAUGACAGCGACAUAAAGGCAAAGCCAAGCCCUCGAGUGCGGGAGCUGCACCCUGUCCCGCAGAAGAAGGCGCAGAUCAUCCUGGCCAAACCAGAUCCUCCAAAGAAAAAGAAGCGAGGCAGGAAACCUCUUGCUCCAGAGCUGAGGGCCUUGAAGCAGAAUCAGGCCAAAAAUUCACGCAAAAUCAUUAAGCCACAGCUAAAAGACUCUCUCUCAGACCUGCGUAGCAACAUUAAGAAACCGCUGAUGCCUGCCAGUUUCACCUUCACAGGCCUGAGUCGAGCAGCCAACAGGGAGACAAUGGCCAUGCAGAACCGAGGAUCUUUUACUACCAAUGAAUCUCCAAAGAACACCAUGGGAUCUUCUCAGCCCCAAGGGAAACCUGUGACGGAUUUUAAGCUUUCCGUCACAGACAUGGGCAAUGGGGGAAGCCUGGAUUUAAAAAACUCAUCCUCUAAGUCUCCAGGAGUGGCUUCUCUGAGUUUGCACAAUUCAAAACUUACCAACAGUCCCAAUGGACAGGGAGCGGGGGGAGCUCCUAAUUGGACAAAAAAGCAGGAACCUCCAGCUCUGCAGCGACCAGCAAACACAAAACCUUCUGCAUCCCCACUCUCCUCGGUGAAAAGCCCCAGUACUCAGGUAUCCAACUUGUCUGGUAGCAACAAAACACAAGCCGGUAUCAGUGCUUCUCCAAAAGAUGUGACUAACCUUCGGGGUUGUGGGAGCACAGUGAAAAAAGGUCCAGUGCAGGAAAAAAGUGCUCCAGCAGACGGAGGGCUUUUGGGUCGACCAGGAUCCCGUGAUGUCAGCACACCAGCAGGGGUAGAAAAUGUGAAAAUGGAGGAUCCGUUGGAGAGACUGGGGAAAGCGACUCCAGGAAGGCAGAGGAAAGUCCCAGCAUUUACUGGCUCGAAGGACGGCAGCAAAACGACAAAGCCGCUAAGCGAGAUGAGCACGGGCGAGGAGGGAAGCAGCUCGGAAUCGGAGCAGGAGUCACCGUUCACUGCGGAAAGGCAGGAGCUGUCGUUGGACGUGCAGUCAGAGUGCAAGGACUGGAGGCCAACACGAAGUCUCAUUGAACAUGUUUUCGUUACUGAUGUCACUGCGAAUUUGGUUACUGUAACUGUGAAAGAAUCUCCAACUAGCGUGGGUUUCUUUAGCAUCCGGAAUUACUGAGAGCUGGAGAACAGAUCCUUUAUGUACCGACUGAUAUCAGGUGUCUUUGCAAAGUGUCGUAGAUCACGUUUUCCUCUUAUAACCACCAAGUGCAUUCUGGAAACGUCUUCUUGUGGAAGAAGAGGAAGAUACUUGAUGCAAGGCAAGGAUUUGAAGGACUGAAGGAAGUCUGUGAAUCAUUUGGUGCUUCAAAAAAUGACUCAGUUUUAAACGUGAGGUGUUUUUUUUUUCUACUUUAUAUUGAACUCAGAUUCAGGUGCUUAGCCAAUUGGUGCUUUUUUCAUUAAACAACCACAGUGUCUUAUCAUGAGACUGGAAAUUCUGGAAACUUCUGGAAGACUGGAAGAUGAUAACAAAAUGCGAGACUUUACGUUUACACAAGGAACGAACCAUUUGGUGCUUGAAGAUUAAGAAAAAUGUUCAAAUUUAUAUUGCAUUUCCUGGGUUUACAUUUGGAGCUUUUGGUUUUAAAAUUUUGUUUUUAGUUGAAUUUCGCUGAUUUGUCAUUUAAGUCAGUGGUUCUCAAAGUGGAGUCUGGGAGCCACAGGGGUCCAUGUAGCACAGCCAGGGGGCCAGUGAUUUUAUUUUUUAUUUUGUUAUAGUGGAGGAAUUCAUUAUUCAUCAUUAUUGAAGUUGUAAUAUGCGGUUUUAUUGUUGCUGUUAUGAGUAUUUUGGUUGAGUUGAAAUCAAAACUGUUGGUAGAAGGUUCAGGAAUAAAAAUCUCCAAUAAAUAUCCAGAAUAUUACAGCAGAUAUUUGAAUAACGAGCCAAAUAUUUAAAUAGCUGGAGUAUGUUCAUAAAAUUAAUCUGAACUGUGGUCUGUGAAGUUUAUUUUACCGUUAAAUGUUUGAGAACCACUGAUUGAAACGACACCAGUCCAACAUUCGUAGUGGAUUUUAUACAAGACUCAGGCAGGGGAAGCAGUUUUACACGCUAUACUCAAUCGGGAAAAAAAAGUGUUAUUGUUGUUGUUGCUUUUUAAUGGAAGAAAACAUGACAUACAGUUCUCAAAGUGAAGCGUACAGAAGUGUAAAACGACAAAAGGAAGAAAAUCUAUUCAAAGUUCUUUUUGUUUGUUUGUUUUUAUCUGAACUCUUCUCCGUUUUUUUAAUGUUCGAUUUUAGAGGUGUGAACUUUUUGCCUUUGUAUAAUCAGCGGUGUAGAACACGUGCCCGUCUCUCCGAUAGAACACAAUAUCUUCAUCUUUAUUUAUUGUUUCUUACUAUCUUUAUUUUUUUAGAUGAUACGGGAGAAAAGUUUGUUUUGUAAAAAAAAAUGCUGGCAGCUCAUUUUAGAUCAAACCUUUUUUGAAUUAAACUUGGGCAUGAGUUUAAA